CAUUAAAAAAAAUCAUCACAACAAUGCCACCAAGAGGUCAAGGAAGAAGGAAAGUCGGCAAGGCCGCUUCCAAAUCCUCAAAUGCAAAGAAUUCAAACUCCUCUACAAAAGCCGCCACUUCGGGGAAAGUGCCAACUAAAAAAUCUAUAAAAUCAUCAUCUCCUUCAAUAACUCUGCAAGAAAUACUGGAUAAUCUGAAUAUUCAAUUUGAUAAAGAUAUUGGUGUUUUACAAGGUGAAAAUACAAGAACUGUGCCUAAUAAUUUACCAUUACUGGAAGUGGAGGAAGAGGAUGAGGAAAAGAAAGAUGAAGAUGUUGAAAUGGAGGAUGCAGAAAAUGGGAAAAUUGAAGAUGAUGAAACCAGUAAACAAACUGAAACAAGUCAACUGAAAGAAAAUGAAACAACAGAUCUAACUGAUCAUCCAAUGGUUGAAGAUGAAGAUGAAGUUGCAAAUCAUGAUGCUUUAAUAGAUUUACCAAAAGAUGAAAAUUUGGCUGUUAAUUCUAAAAGAAGACUCAGUACUCAAGAACAAAUUGAAAAUGAUCCAAGUGUUCGUAAUCCAAAAUCAGAAUUUGUCACAUCCCAAACUUUACCAGCUGCUGCCCAUGCUCUUGGUUUAUUUUCUGAAAAAUCUGGUGGGUUAGAAGAAACUGGUGAAGAAUUUUUGAAGAAAAAAUAUGGGGUAUCUUCAUAUCCUAAAAAUGAUUUGAAAUCAAAAUUACCUGGAAGUAUACCAGAUAUUGAUUUCAGUAAAAAUAAACCUGCAAAUCAAGUUCAAUUUGCAACUUUCCAAAGUUUUAUUGAAAAUUUUUAUAGAAAUUUUACUGAAGAAGAUAUAAAAUUUUUGAAAAAUAAAUUCAUAAUGUCAGAUUCUUUAUCAAAUGAUCCAACUUAUGAUCCAAAUCUGACUCCAUAUCUGAUUCCAAAUUUAGGUGCUUUAUAUUCAACAAUUUGGAAUGAAGAGGAAAAUUCUGGUAAUUAUUCACCUCCUCCAUCAAGAAUAACACAAGAUUCAAUUCUACCUAAAAAAGCUUCAACUGAUUUAAAUGAUGAUGCCUUGGAAAGUGAACAAGUUUCUUGUGGUCCUUUAGUUUCAAGAUUAUUAUCUGCAAUUUUAAAAGAUGAUAAAGGAAAUACUGAAGGUACUGCUGGUAAUGGUGGUGAAAUAAAUAAUAAUGACCUUAAUGAUAGAAAUGAUGAUGAUAAUGACUCUAAAACAAGUACAAGUGCUAUACCUGAACAACAAGGUUGGAAAGUUUCAAGUGUUAAUGCUGAUUAUAAUACUUUGGAAGAACGUUUGAAAAGAGAAUUGAAAUAUAUUGGUAUUUUCAUGAAUCUAAAUUCGGAUGAUAAUACAAAUAAUAAAGAUGAUGAAUUAGAUGAACAAGAACCUGAUUGGUUAAAUCCUCAAGAUGAUGAAAUUUCCACUGAAUUAAGAAGUUUACAAAAUGAAUUAAAACAAGUUUCAAGAAGAAAUAAUAAACGAAAAAAACAAUUAUUACCAAUCAUUGAAAAUCAAUUAGCAUGGCAAGAAUAUUUAUCAAUUCUGGAUGAUUUAGAUAAACAAGUUGAUAAUGCUUAUUUGAAAAGAAUUCGUGUUCCAAAGAAUAAAAAAAAGAAGACUGGAUCUUCUGUACCAUCAGGUGGAGUUAAUUCAAGUAAUGGUUCAUUACCACCUUCAGUUCAAAUUCAAAUGGCUACACAGCAAGCUCAUCAAGCUGCUGCAAAUUCAGCUAUAAAAUCAUUAUUAGAGAAGAGAUUAAGAUGGAUCAAUAAAAUUGGUCCAUUAUUUGAAAAAUCAAAUGGUGAAAAUAUGAAGAGAAUUCCAAAAGAGAGUAUUUUCGCUAAAAUUGAUUUAGAUGAAGAAGAUGAUGACGAUUAUGAAGAUGGCGAAGAUCUAGUUUUACAAGAACAACAUUGA